UAACAAAGCCGGGCUUUCCUGACUGGUCACGUGAUAUGGCUUUUGCCCGCCCGGCUCAUUCGUUCAGACAGAGACCAGCUGGUAGUUUUCUGCGCAGUCAGAGAUCAGCUCCCCGGCGCAGUAACAGGGAAUGUCGUUGUCCCAGCGCGGAAGCAUUUAAUGAGUGGGAAGAGACGGCCGACACUAGUCCGCUGCGUGAGCGGAUAUGUAAACCAGUAAUAGCCUGCACAAAUCGCAACACAGACAUGGUGGAUUUUGGAAAAUGGCCCUUGUUUGCCCUGCUUUCACCUCAAGAUUUGGCCUGCAUCCGGCAAGCAUGUGUCUUUGGCUCUUCAGCGAACGAGGCCAUAUAUACCACUCAGAACAAUGAGGUAUUUGUUUUUGGAAUGAACAGCAGCAAUUGCCUGGGAACAGGAGACAAUCAGAGCGCCAUAAUGCCCAGAAGACUUGAUGUACUUUGUGGCAAGAAAAUUAAAGAUCUAAGUUAUGGCAGUGGCCCUCAUAUUUUGUUGUGCAAUGAAGAUGGAGAAGUUUAUUCUUGGGGACAUAAUGGUUAUAGCCAACUAGGCAAUGGUAAUACAAUCCAAGGGACCACUCCUGUCCAGGUUUGCAUGGAACUGUUGUCAAAAAAAGUAAUAAAGGUGGCUUGUGGCUCCCACCAUUCAAUGGCUUUGACAUCAGAUGGAGAGGUUUUUUCUUGGGGCUACAAUAACUCUGGACAAGUUGGCUCUGGCACCACUGCAAACCAGUCUGUUCCACGCAAAGUGUCCAGUUCCCUUCAGAGCAAAGUAGUUGUAUCGAUUGCAGCUGGGCAGACCAGCUCCAUGGCUAUAACAGACAAUGGGCAUGUAUAUGGUUGGGGUUAUAAUGGCACUGGCCAGCUGGGAUUGGGGAAUACUGGAAACCAGCUUAUGCCGUGCCGACUUGUCUUUGCACAGCCAGUUUGUAUUAUACAGGUAGUUCUUGGCUAUGCCCACAGCUUGGCACUAAGUGAUCAAGGUGUACUAUAUGCUUGGGGUGCCAACAGUCAUGGACAGUUGGGAAUUGGGAAUAAAAGCAAUCAAACUGUGCCUGUAAAAGUUGGUACAAAUGAGAGGAUGGUGGAAGUUGCAGCUUGCCAUUCUACCAACAUAUCUGCUGCUAAAUCCCAGAGUGGGCAAGUUUACAUGUGGGGCUUGUGUCGAGGGCAGUGUCUUCUUUCUCCACAUCUCACGCACUUCGCCUGCACAGAUGAUGUAUUUGCCUGUUUCUCCAAUCCACCUGUAACGUGGGGAUUCCUCUCAGUGGAACAUGAUGACUUCCUUACAGUUGCAGAGUCUCUCAAAAAGGAAUUUGACAUUGAGGAAACAUCUGACUUGAAAUUCAGAGUUGAUGGGAAAUAUAUACAUGUGCAUAAAGCAGUCUUGAAAAUAAGGUGUGAGCAUUUUCGGACAAUGUUUCAGUCCCACUGGAAUGAGAAUAAUAAGGACAUAAUUGAAAUUGACCAGUUUUCAUACUCGGUGUACCGUGCCUUUCUAGAAUAUCUGUAUACAGACAUCGUGGACCUACCACCAGAAGAUGCUAUAGGGCUGUUGGAUCUGGCUACAUCCUACUGUGAAGACAGACUGAAGAAGCUGUGUCAGGACAUUAUCAAGAGAGGAAUAACUGUGGAUAAUGCAUUUCUCCUGCUUUCUGCUGCUGUCCGUUAUGAGGCUGAGGAUUUGGAGGAAUUUUGUUUCCGGUUUAGUGUCAAUCAUCUGACAGACGUCACACAGACUGAUGCAUUCUGGCAAAUGGAUGGAAUGCUGCUAAAAGACUUCAUCGUGAAGGCUGGCAGAAGUGGGGGAUUCAAGAACUGACGAGUCUUUCAUUAAAUGGGGAAGUGUACCUUUAUGGUAAAAUUACAGCACUUUUAAUUCAGACUACUUUUUGUAUUGAUUUACCCCUUUUGUUGAGAAUUAACUUUAGUAUUAAGGGGCCCCAGAGUGAGUCGGCUCAGACUGUGCCUGACCAUUUUUUGCCGAAAAGGUUAAUUUACUCUAUAUAUGAAGAUUUUAUAUGUAUGGGGCAUUGCUGCUCUUCAUCCAAAUUAUAAAGGGUUUGGCCCUUAAUUCCUGGAGGUGCAUCUGUGAUAGAAGAGCCUGCUGUACUGCUGAACACAACGCAUGUAAUUCCAUUUGAGAUUUUUGUGUCUAGCUCUGCAUAAGACACUCAUGCCCCUCCAGAUUUUAAUAUGAAUACUGCCAUGUCAACACCCAUUCACUUCUUACUGCAAAGAAGAGUUACUAUUAACUGUUUUCAGGUGUCCCACAUGCCUCUUUAUUUGCUUGGUUGUGUUCUUCAACCUAAUGGCAGAUCAUUUUAAACAUAUUCCUUACUGUUCUGUUUAUUUUGUGUGGCUAAAAGCUGGUUUCUUAGGCUUCUUAUAGAACAACAUGAAAUUGCCAAACAGGCAAAUAAAUACAUUUGAAUAGGUGUCUGUGAUCACCUAGUUUUUCUUUAAUGUUGCAAUAUCCCAUGCAGUCGGCAACACAAGUAGAAAAUAUGUAUGCAGGUUAAGCCAAAAGCUUUAUUGUUAGUCUCUCCAUACCUAUCUUCUGUUUCUAGUUCAUCAAUUUCCUUGUGUUAUGAAUGUGUUCUUCCGUUACCUCUAGUCUUGUUUAUAUCUUGUAAUGUGCUCUAGGAUUUUCAGCUGGUCCGUAACCCAUGGUACAAGCCUAGCCUCUGUAACCGCUGUCUGUAAAACUUCUAAGUGCACUUAAUGUUUGCUAUAACUUUAUGUGAAUGGCUGGAAAUGUUUUGUUUUUUGUAUUUAAUGGCAUGUUAAAGUUCAUGUUUUUUUUAAUAUCUAAAAUAAAUAUUGACCCUUUUUA